AUGGAGUACAACGCAACGGAACAUUCCAACUGCAGAGUAAAUUUCACAACGGAAGAUUUAGUUCAGUUAGAAAGUGUCGAGGAAAUGUAUUUCAAAACGAGAGAGAUCGAGGAAGAAGAUGACGAGGAUGAUUAUUCAGACUCUAACAGCAGUUCUGACAACGAAGGCGAUGACGCUGAUCAAGAUGAAACUGUUGAGAUCAUGGAAAUAUACGAAACGGAACGUUCCAAAGUGCAAGCAUUUUACUCGGAAACCUGUAAAUGGAAAAUGGGCGUGGGAGAGAUGGCAUGCAGUGCAACCCUGAGCCUAGAUGAUAUCACAGAGUGUAGAAACAACUGUAGUGAACUAUCAUCCGCUGAACUUGACUUAGUCACACUGGGCAUCAUUCACAGCUCCUUGAACUGUAGCGAAACUAGCAUCUCUGGCAGAGUGGAAAAAACCCGCCAAAGUACAAGGAUGUGCUUCUCUUAUCAUGGAAAAAGAAUCUGCAAGAAAACGUUUCUAUUUCUGCACUGUCUUCAAUACUUCUGA